UUUAGUAUAGAUGAUGGAUCUGGUCUGAUAGGUCUUGGAAUGAGACAUCGAUCGUUUGAAUCUAAGCAGCUUGCUAAGACCAUGAGAAAAUAAUAAAGUCGUCACAUGGGGUCUUUAAAAGUUCAUAUAAAGGACAUUAUAUCAAGCGUUAUACCAAGAUAGAUAGUAAAUUGUGAAUAGUUGAAUAAACAAAAGAGACAUGAUGCUUCGAAAGAAACAAGUACUGAAAUUCUGAAAGCUUAUAUGAAUGCAUUUAAAGGAGAAAUAGGAGAAAAAGGACAAGAAAGAACUGAAGGAUCUUCUAUGUGUUGAUGAAGAUAAAAGUACAAAACAUGCAUAUGGUGAAACAACAUCGCUAUCAAGUGAUGAAAAUGAAUAUAUAAAAAAAAGAAAAAUGAAUGUCGAAAAUUUUACGCCAGUUUUAUCAUGGACUUCGACACUACAAAAAGCAGAAAGAAACACGUAUACCAGCGUAUCUAAUGCAAAGGAAGUGGAACAGGAAAUUGACGGUAUCGAGCAUUCAAAUUUACAGUCACCACAGACAGAAACAAUUGUUGCAGAAGUUUCCGAUUCGACACCAUUAACUGAAGCAACAGCGAAGCAACUAAUUGCUUUAUUAAACGUUGUGAUAGGGCAAGGAAAACUGCCUUUGAUGAAUGGCUGCAACGUAAAUAAGGAAGAAUCAAACAUAGAAGCAAUUGGCCAAGAUAUCCACUUAGGUCACAACAUUUCAGUGACAAAAACAGCGUAUGAAGAAAUACAAAGAGUUAAAGAGCCUAGUAAAUUUGUUACAAAUCUUGCUUAUGCUGUGUGAGGAUACAAAACAUUAUGUUCUCGGGCUGUGAGACAGCAAAG